GAGUUUCAGCAACUGCUCGAUUUGGGCCAACCGUUCCUGCUUUUCGCAAUGCCCACGCUUGCAGUGCGACGCCAUUUGCCAGAGCUUCUGCGGUUCAAUCUGAACCAGGAAACUGGUUCUUACAGUCAUAUGCACGAGCUCUGCGUGAGUAGAGAGGCCUUCCUUCUGGAUUUGUCGACGUGUAUCGUUUUCCACGCGUCUUCCUGCAUGCGAUGGAUGAUGUUCCUGGUCUGCGAAGAUGCUCUUUAUGUGCCGGCAGCUGCAGAGCCUCCGCUAAUGCCGUGCAGCCAAGUAGUGCUUCUGCUGCUCUCAGCAUGCACGAUAUACUCCCUUUGCUGCACGUUAUUGGGGUCCAUUCCAGAUGGCAUCCCAUACCUGUCGGCCGAAGCCAAGAAGAGUUUGGGCACAAGUGCCCGCGCUAUCAAGCGCGGCAAGACGCCUGACACCGGCAGCUAG